AUGGCUCCAGAGCUUAAGGUUGCAGAUCCCUUUUUUUUUUUUUUUUUAACAAAUUUCUUUGCAGAUUUUUUCAAUUUACAGAGAUUCACGAUUAGUUAUGCAAUAAAGGAACAUUUCAAUACAAGAAAAAAAAGAAAUAUAAAAAGGCCAGGGGAUUCUUCUGCACGUAAAACAAUUAAUUUUGAUUGAAUGUUGUUUCUCAGAGUUUCACUAUUAAUAAACAAGUUGAGCCUAGAAAAGAUUACAAUGAAACAUGGUUUUUAUUCAGAGAAUUUACCUUAGUAAAUAUGAUAUUUGGCCAAGAGAUUUAUCAAGAACAGACCAGAAUACUUUUUGAUUUGUGACUCAACAAAACAUCCUUUCAGAAAAAAACAAGCUUUUAUUUAGGAUGGGAAUAAACAACAGGUUUUAUUUGAAAAGCCCGUGAAUCCUCACUUCCGGGAGUCGUUUCCGGUGGGGUGCGCUUGGAAUAUUUACCCAGCGGUCCGACAUCCUCCAAAACAGAAUCAGUCAUGGAGUUCGCAGAGCUGAUCAAAACACCCCGGGCGGACGGCGUUGUCCUGCACCGACCCUUCAUGCCCAACGUGGAGGGGACGCUGUGUUUGACCGGCCACCACCUCAUCCUCUCCUCCAGACAGGACAACACAGAGGAGCUGUGGCUGCUUCAUUCAAACAUCGACUCCAUUGAGAAGAGGUUUGUGGGGUUGUUGGGAAGCAUCAUCGUCAAAUGCAAAGAUCUGAGGGUGAUUCAGCUCGACAUCCCCGGCAUGGAGGAAUGCUUAAACAUCGCCAGCUCUAUUGAGGCCCUGUCCACUCUCGACUCCAUCUCCCUCAUGUACCCUUUCUUCUACCGGCCCAUGUUUGAAGUCCUGGAGGACGGAUGGAACUCUUUUCUUCCGCAGAACGCAUUUAAAGACUUGGAGUCCAUGACUGAUGAGUGGAGGCUGAGUGAAGUCAAUAAGGAUUUUAGCGUGUGCUCGUCAUAUCCCUCUCUGCUGGUGGUACCCAAAGAUGUUGAUGACGACACGUUGAGGAAAGUUGCCACUUUUCGCCACGGCGGCCGAUUCCCAGUGCUUAGUUAUUAUCACCGCAAAAACGGCAUGGUGAUGAUGCGAGCAGGACAACCGUUGGCCGGGACCAACGGGAGGCGGUGUAAGGAAGACGAAAAGCUGAUCAAUGCCACUCUGAGGCCAGGAAAGCGCGGCUACAUCAUUGACACUCGCACCACUCAUGUUGCCCAGCAGGCCAAAGCUCGAGGGGGGGGGUUUGAGUCUGAGGCAAACUACCCACAGUGGAGGAGGAUCCACAAAGCCAUUGAGAGGUAUAACGUCCUCCAGGAGAGCCUGAUAAAACUAGUGGAGGCCUGUAAUGACCAGUCUCACAGCAUGGACCGCUGGUUAAGCAAGCUGGAGGCGUCCAACUGGCAGACUCACGUCAAGGAAAUCCUCACUACCGCCUGCCUGGCUGCCCAGUGUAUCGACAGAGAGGGGGCGUCAGUUCUUGUCCAUGGCACUGAGGGGACAGAUUCCACCCUGCAGGUGACCUCCUUGGCUCAGAUUAUCCUCGAUCCGAGCUGCAGGACCAUUAAAGGGUUCCAGAGGCUGGUGGAGCGGGAGUGGAUCCAGGCAGGCCACCCGUUCCAGCAGCGCUGUGCUCAGUCUGCGUACUCCAACAGCAAGCCUCGCCACGAGGCUCCCGUCUUCCUGCUCUUCCUGGACUGCGUGUGGCAGAUCCUCCGACAGUUUCCGUGCUCCUUCGAGUUCAACGAGAGCUUCUUAGUGCUGCUCUUCGAACACGCCUACGCCUCUCAGUUCGGUACUUUCCUCUGCAACUCUGCCGCCGAGAGAGCCAGACUCGCUCUGCCUGAGAAGACUGUAUCUCUUUGGUCGUGGGUGAAUCGGCCUCAGGAGCUGGAGCUCCUGACCAACCCGCUCUACGAGGCCAACAGUCUUGUAAUCUGGCCGUCAGUGGCCCCGCAGAGCCUCCUGCUGUGGGAAGGGGUAUUCCUUCGCUGGAACCGCUCCUCCAAGUGUUUGGAUGAGGCCUACGAUGAAAUGGUACAUAUCAUUGAAUACAACAAGGAACUUCAGAACAAAGUGAACUGCCUCCGCCGGCAGCUGGCCGAGCUGGAAACGGAUGAUCCCCUGCUGCAAACCCCAUAAAAACUUAGAAAACGAGAAGGAAAAGGGGUAAAAAAAAAUCACAAAUAGAAGUCAGUCUUAACAACAUGCUUUAAAGCUCUCACUUUAAUUUUAAUAUCAUUUUUCAUUUCACAAAUUUACCUCUAACACCAACAUCAACGCCGCCCCCAAUAUAAAGAGAUUUCUUCACAUUUCAUUCAUUUAUUUACUUUUUUUAACAAGAACUUCACCUUUUGAUUUCAUGUCUAUUUCUUUCCAAAUGCUUAUAGGACUUAAGCACUGCGGCGUAACUAUGGCAACAUAUGUAGGGCUAUAAGGCAGCAUGUGACUCAGAAAUGUGUAGGUUGGGUCAUCACCUUCUGUGCUGCGAUUACUCUCCAUCCCAUGUUCUCCAUCCUCGUUAUCCCAGUCAGGGUUGGAGCAGAUCCCGGGUUGACCGACUCGCGGUGUAAAAAUAUUCUGGAGAGUGUGAAAACGAUGAUGCGGUAAUGAGGGCGUUGCUAUAGUGAUGGAAAGAGGAAACCGGUACUUCGAAGAAUGUUUGCGUUUAACACUAAUCUGCACUUGUGGUAAUCAAAGCAGGAAUGAUGUUUGGGGGGAACAAGUUGUGCACUUUUUGUGAAAAAAUAUUGUUUUCUGAGAAAUAUUAUCUUAUUAACACAAAAUUACGCAAAUGCUGUUAACAAACCUAAACUUGAAAACAAAUCUAGUUUCUUGAAAAAAAUGUACUGUUCCAUUUUCCUCUUCUGUUUUUUUUUUUUUUUACAUGAAGUUCUAAUUUAUUUGUAAAAAUAAAUCUUUUUGAGUUUGGUAACUUGUUUGCCUGUAACUAAAUCCACUUUCACUGCUUUAGUAUAGUAAUUCUGAUUUACCGCCAGGGUUAGGACAUAAUCUCUGAAGAACUUUAAUCUGUGUGAAAAAUAAUGUUUACAUGCACUCUCAACUAUUAAAAUAAGCCAAAAAACAAACAUAAUGCCAAAUAUUUUCUCUGUGCAAGAAUAAGAAAUUAAUUUCAUGCAAAAUAUAAUCAAUCACUGCAAAAUCAGACUGAUAUAUGUAGAAAAAACAUUUUAUAACAUUCCUUCCUUAAUAAACAGAACUGGUAAUCUCAUUAAACUACAACAAACACUUGUUUUGUCUGCUUAUCAAAAUUGUGCAAUGCAUUUCUGUGAAGAUUAGAUUCACAACAACACUUGGUAAAGCUUUUAUUUGUUAUGUAAGCCAAUAAAAGUUUAAAAAUCAA